CUGUAAUCAUUUAGAUGCUUUACAUUUACUGUAUAUAAAAAUACACUGAAAUAUUUUUUAAAAAAUGAAAAAAUAUUGCAGUGAUGAUGAUCCUGGAGAUGUAUCGUAUGAAGAACCUACAACAAGAGGAAGAAAAAGGAGAAAAGUAGAUGGACCAAAGCAAACAAGGAGUAAAAAAGGCAGAGAAACUACUCGAAGAGGCAAAGUUGGACAAAGAGCUGUAUCUGAUUCAACAAGUGAUGAUCCAAACAGUUUAUUUGAAAUAGUAAAACAGGGAAAAAGUUCUUUACAAUCUGUAGUGGAUGACUGGAUUGAAGCAUACAAACAAGACAGAGAUACUGCAUUACUAGAUCUAAUGCAAUUUUUUAUCCAGUGUGCUGGUUGUAAAGGUAGAAUCACACCAAAUAUGCAAGCAUCUAUGGAACAUGCUCAGAUAAUUCGAAAAAUGACAGAAGAAUUCGAUGAGGAAAGUGGAGAUUAUCCUUUAAUAAUGACUGGCCCACAAUGGAAAAAAUUUCGAUCUAAUUUUUGUGAAUUUGUUCAAGUUUUGGUUCGACAGUGUCAAUAUAGUAUAAUAUAUGAUCAAUAUUUAAUGGACAAUGUUAUCUCUUUACUGACUGGUUUAUCUGAUUCCCAAGUUAGAGCUUUUCGUCACACUGCUACCCUUGCAGCAAUGAAAUUAAUGACUGCUCUAGUAGAUGUAGCACUUAAUCUGAGUAUUAAUUUGGAUAAUACUCAAAGACAGUAUGAAGCAGAGCGUCAAAAAAAUAGAGAUAAACGAGCUACAGAAAGACUUGAAAUGCUAAUGAGCAAGAGACAGGAACUUGAAGAAAAUAUGGAAGAGAUAAAAAAUAUGUUAACGUAUAUGUUCAAGAGUGUGUUUGUUCAUCGUUACAGAGACACACUGCCAGAAAUAAGAUCGAUUUGUAUGUAUGAAAUUGGCCAGUGGAUGAAAAAAUUUCAUCAACAUUUUCUUGAUGAUAGUUAUUUGAAAUAUAUUGGAUGGACUUUACAUGACAAAGUUGGAGAUGUUAGAUUGAAAUGUCUUCAAGCAUUACUUCCAUUAUAUGCUUCUGAAGAAUUAACAAGCAAAUUGGAACUUUUCACAAAUAAAUUUAAGGAUAGAAUUGUUGCAAUGACUCUAGAUAAGGAAUAUGAAGUAGCUGUUCAUGCUGUGAAGUUAGUAAUUAGCAUUCACAAGAUUUUUUGGGUUAUUUGUCCUAAAAAAUGGUUUACUAAUAUAAAUUCAUUAGUAUCCAUAUCAAUUUUACACGAACAUGGUGCUUAUUUGGUGGACAGUUUGAUAGAGAGUAAUCCUAUGAUGAAAGAUUGGGAAUGUAUGACAGAUCUUCUUUUAGAAGAACCAGGAUCUCAAGAAGAACCUCUUGAUGAUAGGCAAGAAACAUCACUCAUUGAAAUAAUGGUCUGCUGUGUCAAACAGGCUGCUACAGGAGAACCACCAGUUGGACGGGGUCCAAAUCGUAAACAAUUAUCAGCUAAAGAACUGAAACAAGUUGGAGAUGAUCGUGUUAAAUUGACUGAACAUUUCAUUCUUACUCUCCCUCAGUUGCUAGCUAAAUAUAUGGCAGAUCAAGAGAAGAUUGCUAAUUUGAUGGUUAUUCCACAAUAUUUUGAUCUUGAAAUAUAUACCACAAGUCGUCAGGAAAAGAACUUGGAUAAUUUGUUGAAACUUAUUCAUGAUAUUGUUGAACGCCAUAAUGAUACAGAAGUUUUAGAAGCUUGUGCAAAAACUUACGAAGCUCUUUGUAAUGAGGAACUGGCGAUACAUUCAAGAUGUGCUGUUGCAAGAGGGACACUUAUAGACUCACUCAUUCAUAAGUAUAAACAAGCUCUGAGUGACUUAAUUCAAGCAAUUUACAGUUGCCAUAAUUUAGGACCAUGGGGUAUUUGGGAUGGCAUAUUUGAAUUUUGGGUAAAAGGAUCUGUGCAAGGAGAAAAACUUCUUUCAGAGGAAUUAGGAUUACAUAUAUUACACAAUUUUUUUUAUGUUGUUUUUUUAAAGGCUUUUGUAACAAUAUGUGAUCUACUUAUUGUGUUCUGUAAACAACUGGCAGACAAUGCAGCUCUGAUACCUCUUGUUUAUGAACCAGAUCGAUCUUUACAGAAUCAACUUGGCGCUUUUAUUCAGGACAAAGUUUUUGUUGAAGAUGAUGAUGAUGAACAAGAUGAACAUAUGAAAAUUGAAGAGCUUCACAAAAGACGAAAUUUUUUGGCAUCAUUCUGUAAACUUGUUGUAUAUAAUAUAAUAAGUAUUAAGCAGGCUUCAGAUGUUUUUAAACAUUAUGUUAAGUUUUAUAAUGACUAUGGAGACAUUAUCAAGGCAACGUUAGGAAAAGCUCGAGAAAUUAAUAAAGUUAACUGUGCACGUACUAUGGCUGUGUCGUUGACAACCUUAUUCACAGAACUUCGUACUGAACAAAAUACAGGCUUGAUUAAUCGACAGGAUGAGAAUUUUACAGCAAUUAAGGAACUUGCAAAGAGAUUUGCAUUGUCAUUUGGAUUAGAUCAAGUAAAAAAUAGAGAUUCUGUUGCUGCUCUUCAUCGAGAAGGUAUUUUGUUUGCAGUGACUCCUUUUGAAAAUGUUGUGGAUCCACUUGGGCCGCCUCCAAAUUUAGCUUUCUUAGAAAUUUUAUGCGAGUUUACUAAUAAGCUUAUGAAACAAGAUAAAAAAGUUGUCCUUACUUACUUGGAUCGUCACAUCCAGACAAGUAUGCCAGGUACUCGUAUGGAUGACUGGCAGCCACUUGUUACAUAUCGAAACAGUCUGGUGCAUGGAGAGGCUGAACAACCACCUCCAAGAGCUCCGGGACGUCAGUACAGAGGGAAGAAACGACAACGGGAGGAUGGAAAACUUAUGGAGGCAGUACAAUGGGAAAAUUUUCCAUACAUACAAGAAGGCCGCCCACAAGAGGAAGAAAACAACAUUGAUGCAGAUUCUGAUCAUGGAUCUGAAGAUUAAAAUGGUUCUCAUACAUAAUGUAAAUAAUUCAUUUUUCUGUUUUGUGUACAGUAAUUUUUUAGUUAAACUUUUUGUAUUGUAUAUUUAUUAAUAAAACAUUUAAUUAAAUAGUUUGU